AUGACAACGAUACAACUCUGGUUUUUCUUUUUUUUGUUAUUUAUUCCUCUGGUGGAGUGUGAAGAUUUGGUUACGUUGUUUUUCACGAGGAAAGUGACCCUUCUCGAUGUUGGAUAUAAGAACUUGAGUUCCAACUUCAAUAAUUUGACCAAGGAAUACAUUGAUGGUGCCAUUACUCCAUAUGAAGUAACUACCAGCUCUGUUGUGGUUCCCCCACAUGUAGUCAUUAUUGCUAGCGCCUGGUUUUGGGGAACUCCAGCUAACGUUACGACCUCUGUUAAUGCUCUUAAUACGAUUUUUGACAAUUGGGGAGUCCUACCAGACAUGGAGUUAGUUCAUAACCUUAAUGAAUUAUCUCUGAAAGAGUUUGGAAGACAGCCAAGUAAAGUGGACUUCAUAGAUGAUUGUAAACAUGAUAACCAAGGUAUCAGUAAGGAAACCUCUGAUUAUGGUUUGAAUAACCUCACGCUUUCAAUUGUGAUGACAAAAAACCCCUCAAACAAUUUAGUUAAUCGACUUUGUCGCAUUUUUUCGGUGCAAGAUUGCUCUUUUAUAACAUUAGACAGAUUCUGGUUUUCUGAUUCAUCAUACAAUGCGGAAGUGACAGUGACAACUUCUGACAAAAGCCAAAUUCUCUUAGAACUUCUUGAUCAUCUUCAUUAUGCUUCCAUUCUCCUUAUGGAAGGGAUUAUUUCCGUUACGAUUUCUGGAGUACGGGUGUACACUUGGCAAGAACCACCGAGACUUACCUACGAAGGUGAUGUCACUUCUUGUGUUAAGCAUUUUUGGUAUUUGAUCUUUUUAAUUGUACUAUUUCCUUUGGUAUUGAUAGUUGGGAAUAGAUUGUAUGCCUUAGGAAAGGAGUCUGGAAAGAAAUCGACCCGUUCUAUCGAAUGGGAAAUUCGUGGCGGCGUCCGCUAUCAGGGUCAGGUGGGGGUGCAGCUGCCUCCAGGAGCUUUUCCAGGUAUUUCCCCUGUAAAUCAGUAUGUUGAUCAAAAUGGAGUUCCUUUUACAGUAUACAACAACCAGAUGGGUGGGACGUCAUCUCAGCAAAGUCAAAGCGUGUAUUAUGAUCCGAACAACAAUUGGCAGUAUUACGAGGCAGACCAGGAUCAGCAAUUUUACCCUGUUGUUAAUCAGAAUCAGUAG